AUGGAAGGAAAUGGAUAUGGCAAUGGAUGGUGGCGCUCUGGGAUCCGGUCUGUUUUUGUCUACUAUCCUAGUAGCGCUUUUUUUGUCCUCUUGUUGUAUAAUAAAACUCUUGUCUACGGCUUUUUAUGGGAGGAUUGGACAAGGGAAAGCGUUUCCAAGGCUAAAAAGGUAUAUCGAAUGCAUGCUAUGAAGUAUUACUGCUUGACUGGUGCUUCUGUGAUUGCUUACAUAUUAACUACGCGCAUCCAUGAAGAUGGACAGUCUGUAAGUAAGGUGUCACUUCGCAUGUUUAAUUGGAGACAUACAACUUUAAGUAGACUAAAAACCACGCUUCCU